AUGGUCAAUACCAGACAAUAUAAGUACUACAACAUUCCAUUAUUCAAGUCUGAUUUAAAAGAUAUAUUUUCAACCAGUGUUUUUAAUAAUGAAAAUCCGAAUGAUCUUUGGUAUGAUUGGAAAACAAAAUUUUUAAUGGUGGCUGAUAGUCACGCUCCACCAAUAAACAGGAGUGAAUAUACGCCAUGGGUUACUGAUGACAUAAUGAAACAUAUGCGACAUCGAGAUUUUCUCAAAAAGAAAGCUGUUCAGACAGGCUCCCCCAGCAUUCACCAAGCACAUAAACAGGCACGAAAUUCACUCUCCAGAAAGAUUAAAUCAACUAAGACAAAAUAUUGCUUGAAAUAUUUCAAAGACACUUCCAAAAACCCAAAAGAAAUGUGGAAAACGAUUAACAAAGUAGUCAAUACAAAAUCUAAGACGACAGACAUCAAGGAACUGAUCAUAAAUGCAUGA